AAGCUAAAAGAAUUGCUGAACAAACAUACAUAUAAAGGUUUAAAAAAGUAUCAGUGUCAAUGCCUACUAAUUGUCUUCGUGUAGUGUAGGUGAAUUAAAUGCAGUCACCCAGGUCAGAUUUGAUGACACCUUUGUUUUAAUAAGUUGAUGAAAUGAUCACUGACAGAUUGACCCAAUACAUAAAUGAUUGUCACAAAUAUACCACUUAAAUUUAGCUGUGAAAUUAUAACAAUGGCCUGGAUAUGUAUAUUAUCACUUGAGAAGACUUUACAGGUUCAGUAAAGAGCAAGUAUAAGCUGCAAUUACUGACAAAAGUGAGAUAUGGUUAUAUUUUCUGUUACAUUUUGGUAUUGUUAAGUCCAUGUAGAAGCAGAAAGUACAAAAAGAUUUUAAUCAUAUGGAAAAGGAAGCAAUACGCAAGCAUGGCAGGAAAUAUGCCUGCUGUUUUUAAAUACUUCAUAUUGCCAGAAAAAAUUCCUGAUGAUGGCAAUGUGAGAGCUAAAUGCACACUUUGCGUUUCAUAUAUAUCAGGAAAUAUUCAGAGAACAUCAAACUUAAUUACACAUUUGAAGCGUUUACAUCCCAAGUCAGCUGAUGAGUUGAAACAGAAACCAAGUGGACCUGUUGAACAGUGUGAUCCAAAAUACCAAAUGUCAUCAAGAAAACAUCUGUCGGGAAAAUUACUUCAUGACAAAUCUGUUGAAAUUGUGUCCAAUUUGAAACAUAAGCUAAGUUUGGCAACAAGUGUGUGUCUGACCAUUGAUAUCUGGACUUACAGACAAAUGUGCUCAAAAUUGGACAGCAAAGGGGCUUAGCUAUUUAAUUUGACCAGCUAUUUUAUUGAUGGUCUUGCCCAUGAGUAUUUUCAGUAUGCACCGCAGAUCUCUGCAAGCAGCUAAAACGUCAAGCCGUUUAUGAACAGAACUUACGUAAACGGUUUUCUUUGCGUACAGGAAGGGAGUACGGUAGCAAUCAAGGGACCGAGCGUUCUUCUGCAUGUAAUGAAGAACCUAUGGAAGUUGACCAUCAGUGACCGCCACAAAGUUGUCAGUUAUGUAAUGUGAAGGGGCACACGGCAAGAUGCUGUUGCGUAAAUAGAUAGGACGAAUAGUAUAAAUGUCAAUGCAAUAGACUGCUGUGAAUCCAAAGAUUCGAACCGAAUAUAUUGGGCAUGUGGUGAGCGAGGACACAUUCGCGUAAAUUACCUGAAGAAGACUGCAGAGUAGAAAAAACAACAAAGGCCAACCUUUAAACUAGAUAUCUCCUCGUAUGCAGAAGCCGAUAUUGGGAGUAGUAAAACAAGAGGGCCAUGAUGGCCCUGAGGUCGCUCACCUGUAUAUAGCCCCCCCCCCCCACACACACACACCCAUAAAAAGAUGUUUCAUGCUAAACAUCUAAGCUCUAGCUCAUUGGGCUUUUUAAAAAAAGAUUUUUUUAAAGUUUUAACUAUACACAUAUAGUUAAAAACAAUGACACCCCUGGGGCCGGGCCAGUUUUGACCCCAGGGCUUUUAUUUGAACAAACUUUGUAGACACUUACUAGAA